GGAACCCAGAUAAUGGACGUUUUAGAGGCCAACCGAACCAAACGAAUAACCUGGAUUAAAAAAACGGGUUUCUUCCUUUGACCACAUAACCUACACACGGUACUGAAUGAAUCUCAGCAUUAAAAAGAGAUUACUAUCAACCGCCAUUAUGCCUGACUUUAUUAUAAACAAUGAAAAUACAUUUCACUCCGUUACCCAAGAUGUCAGAAACCGACAUCUUCCUGUGGAUGAUCAAACUCGUUUACGCAUAACACGUGGAGAUUCUAUUAUCAAACUCGCUUAUGGGAAGUAUAAACGGCGAGGUUUUUGCAGUGUAAAUACCAUAUAACUGGAAUUACACUACUCAUGUUUACAUGCCAAACACAGAUCAAACUUCUGCACAUGAUAAUUUUCGUAAAACAAUGGAUUAGUUAAGACAAGAAGAAGCCUGUACUUCCCUAACUAUAUUUCACAAACGAUACCUAUUAACUGUUAACUACAAGAACAAUUCUACUAUGCAUUGUGUUCUAUCCUAAACUCUCGAGCUGUAAGUUGCAGUUCAAGCCCCCUUGGUUCGUGACUGAAGGACACGUCGCGGCCCGUCUAAUUGUGACUCUAAACUCUAUUUUGGUAAUAAUGUACCCGAAGUUCAUGAGAACCUAUUGGAUUUCUCCACUCGUAUACAGGGCCGGUGUUAUCAGAUUGGGAUAUGAUAAACUCGCUGCCCAACGGCAUAUUUUUGGUAUAAAAGGGGCCGGUUAGAGAGACAGGGUCCAGCACCGACCACCACAGUAACAAUGUCUCUCUUCUGGCUCGUCUCCUGCUUCGCCUUCAUCGGCGCCGCCUUCGGUGAGCAAUGGUGCGGUGUCCCGGCCAUCAAGCCGGUCAUCACCGGCUACUCCCGCAUCGUCAACGGCGAGAAUGCGGUGUCAGGCUCCUGGCCCUGGCAGGUGUCCCUGCAGGAUUCCACUAGCUGGCACUAUUGCGGUGGCUCCCUCAUCAGCUCCACCUGGGUGGUGACCGCUGCUCACUGCGAGUUCAACCCGUCCCGUGACCGCGUCGUCCUGGGAGAGCACGACAGGAACUCCAACGUCGAGAACAUCCAGUCUCUGUCCGUCUCUAAGCUCGCGAUUGUCAAUACCGGUAGCUCCGUUGCUUUAUGGUUUUUCGCUGCGUUUGCACACACACAGGCCAUCACUCACCAGCAGUGGGACUCCUACAACAUCAACAACGACAUCAUGGUGCUGAAGCUGGCUCAGCCCGCUCAGAUCGUGGACCGUGUCUCUCCCGUCUGCCUGCCUGCCUCCUCGGAUGUCUUCCCUGAUACCAUGAUGUGUGUCACCUCCGGCUGGGGCAAGGUUCGCUCUUCCGGUGAGCAUCGAUGCAGAACUCAUGAUCUAUCUCCACAGGGCGACUCCGGCGGCCCUCUGGUGUGCGAGAAGAACGGCGUGUGGAACCUCGUGGGAAUCGUGUCGUGGGGCAGCAGCUCGUGCUCCACCUCCAUGCCUGGCGUGUACGCACGCGUCACCGCCCUGCGCAGUUGGAUCGACCAGACCAUCGCUGCCAACUAGACUGGUGUUCAAAUUGUGAAAAGUAAAAUUGCUUAUAUUGUAACUCGCAAAUUAAGUCUCUCAAUAAAACAAUGGAAUCAAAUAUGAGCGGGUUUAUUUUUCACCUCCGA